CAUACCCUUCUUACCUUCCUAACUCUGCCUUUUGACUCUCUUCACAUUCUACUCCCCCCUCCACUUCUCCUAUCUUCUUUCUCUUCAGAAAAUGGAACCCCAAGAACUGAACUUUUAGACCCAAAAAACCUCCAUUAAAGCUAAAAAAGCUCCAAUCUUUGAAGAUGAAACCUCACAACAGUGCUAUGUACCAACACCAUUUUAGCUUAAACAAGAUUUUCUUGCUCAGUUUUUCUCUACAACCACUCUUUAUUCUCCUCCUCAUAAUCUUCUUUCUCCCUCCUGCUUCACCUGCUUCUGUCAAUGGCCUGUUCAAAGACUCUCAACAGCUUCUCUCCUUUAAAUCCUCACUUCCCAAUACACAAACUCAGCUUCAGAACUGGUUGUCGUCUACAGACCCUUGUAGUUUCACUGGUGUUUCAUGCAAGAACUCUAGAGUUUCCUCUAUAGAUCUUACCAACACUUUUCUAAGUGUUGACUUCACUUUGGUCUCUUCCUACUUACUUGGCCUCUCAAAUUUGGAGUCUUUAGUGUUAAAGAAUGCUAAUCUUAGUGGUUCUUUAACUUCUGCUGCUAAAUCCCAAUGUGGGGUUUCUUUAAACUCUAUAGAUCUAGCUGAAAACACAAUUUCAGGGCCUGUUUCUGAUAUCUCUAGCUUUGGUGCUUGUUCAAACCUUAAGUCUCUUAAUCUUUCCAAGAAUUUAAUGGACCCUCCUUCUAAAGAACUUAAAGCUUCAACCUUUAGCCUCCAAGAUCUUGAUCUUUCUUUUAACAAUAUCUCAGGUCAAAACUUGUUUCCUUGGCUUUCAUCUAUGAGGUUUGUUGAGCUUGAGUACUUUUCUGUCAAGGGUAAUAAAUUAGCUGGAAAUAUUCCUGAGUUGGACUUCACGAAUUUGUCAUAUUUGGAUCUUUCUGCUAAUAAUUUCUCAACUGGUUUCCCUUCAUUCAAAGAUUGUUCCAAUUUGGAGCACUUGGAUUUGUCCUCCAACAAGUUUUAUGGUGAUAUUGGUGCUUCACUUUCUUCAUGUGGGAAGCUCAGUUUUCUCAACCUUACAAAUAAUCAGUUUGUGGGGUUAGUCCCUAAGCUACCAAGUGAAAGCCUACAGUUUUUGUACUUAAGAGGGAAUGAUUUUCAGGGUGUUUUUCCAAGCCAACUUGCUGAUUUGUGUAAAACUUUAGUGGAAUUGGAUUUGUCUUUCAAUAAUUUCUCAGGUUUGGUUCCUGAGAAUCUUGGUGCAUGUUCUAGUUUGGAGUUUCUUGAUAUUUCCAACAAUAAUUUCUCUGGUAAGUUGCCUGUUGAUACCCUCUUGAAGUUGAGUAAUUUGAAGACUAUGGUAUUGUCAUUCAAUAAUUUUAUUGGUGGUUUACCCGAGUCUUUCUCCAACUUACUGAAAUUGGAGACUUUGGAUGUGAGUUCUAAUAAUAUCACAGGGUUUAUUCCUUCUGGUAUUUGUAAAGAUCCUAUGAGUAGCUUGAAAGUGUUGUACCUUCAGAAUAAUUGGUUUACAGGCCCUAUACCUGACAGUCUAAGCAACUGUUCUCAGUUGGUGUCACUUGAUCUUAGCUUUAAUUACUUGACUGGGAAAAUACCAUCUAGUUUGGGG